AUGGCUGAGGAAGAUGGUCAGGAGCUUGUCACCAAGCCCUUCAAGUUUGUGACUGGCACCGACGCUCGUUUCCCCAACGUCAACCAGACCAAGCACUGCUGGCAAAACUAUGUUGACUACCACAAGUGCAUUAUCGCCAAGGGGGAGGACUUCGCUCCUUGCCGCCAGUUUUGGCUCGCUUACCGCUCGCUCUGCCCCUCGGGAUGGUACCAGCGCUGGGAUGAGCAACGAGAGGCGGGCCAGUUCCCUGUCAAGCUUGACGCUUAA